CUAAAACAUAAUACAGUGCAAACAAACCAAACCAACCACCCACAGAUAACAGUACAUACAAGCAAGCGUCGUCAGGCAGACCGGGUCAAUAUCAAUAGGGCAGGUAGGUACAGGGGGAGCAAGCGGAGAUGGGUCGGGGUCACAGGCCCAGGUUCAGCAGGUAGCAAGCAGCGUGGUACAGAGGGUCAGGCAGAGGGAUGGUCAGGAGCGAGCCGGGAUCAGAGCAGGAGAAGUCAGCAGCGGUUCAGAUCAGGCAGGGUCAGCAAAGGAACAGAAACAGGAUGCAGGACAGAUACAGGGCCCAGGACAAACACAACACCAAGGCAGAGUCUGCAAGUCUGGCCA